ACGAGACAGCACGGAGGAGCUCCGAGGGCGUGGAUGAUGGGCGUGGAUGAUGAGCUUGCCUAGUACUUCUCUUUUGUUCGUCUGCCUGCUCUUCUCACCGGCGAUGUCUCCCCUCGAUACGAGUGGACGAGACAGAGAUGCUCAUUGGUAUAUCUGGAACGUUGGGGUCAGGCAAGACGGAGAUCGCAAGGUAUCUCACGUACCAGGGGUUCACGCUGCUCAACGUGGAGAGGGACGAGCUGAAGCCUGAAGAGUGCUCCGUCACCAAGGGUGAUGAGCUGGAGCCUCAGUUGGUGUUUGAAACGCUGGACAAGCUGAUCGAUCACGUCACGAACAGCUGGCAGUGCCAUUAUGUCUUCACAGACAUCGAGUCGGCCGCGGAGUUGGCGCAACUGGCAAAGAGACCGUUCUUCCUUCACGUGUCGGUGGACGCGCCGCUGAAACUGAGAUGGCAGAGGUAUAAAGCCAACCACCCACACAUCAACCUGACAGGCUUCUCAGACCUCUCGGACGACAAGCUUUACAACAGGAACACCUUGAUGACCGAGGUCAUCUCCAAGGCAGAUGUCAAAGUGAUAAACACGUCCACAAACGUUGAACAUCUGUACAGACAACUGAGCGAGUUGAACCUCUUGGAACAGUCAAGGUUGAGACCAACAUGGGAUGCUUAUUUCAUGAGAUUGGCUGAUUUGGCUGCGUUAAGGUCAAACUGCAUGAAACGCCGUGUCGGUGCUGUCAUUGCUCGUGAUAAACGAGUCAUCGCCACAGGCUAUAACGGCACUCCUCGUCAUAUGACCAAUUGCAACGAAGGUGGAUGUCCAAGGUGUAAUACAGGGAACGGUUCAGGCGCAGGACUGUCUACUUGUCUCUGUCUCCAUGCUGAGGAGAAUGCUCUUUUGGAAAGUGGCAGAGAUAGAAUUGGCUCAAAUGCAACGUUGUACUGUAACACUUGUCCUUGUCUAACGUGUUCUGUCAAAAUUGUACAGAGUGGCAUAAAAGAGGUUGUUUAUUCUCAGAGCUAUAGCAUGGACGACUUAUCUUCAAAGGUGUUGAACGAAGGAGGUGUAAUAUUAAGGCAGUACAGCUCACCAAAAGAUGGCAUGAUGAUUUAGCCGAACACAAGGGGUCUUCCUGCCUGUUGUUGAAAGUAUAGUUCAGUUAUACAAACCCCAUAGAACAUUUCUGAGAUCAUCAAUAAAUUCUAACGAUAGAUAAUGCGU